AUGCCUUCCUUUGCUUUACAAUUAAUUGUACUGCUAUCAGUUUCUUCCGUAUCUUCUUCCUCAGCAAAUUCUUGGAUACGACGCAAUCUUGAAAAUGGCAAAUUAUACGAAUUCGAUGGUAGCAACUCCCCACCAUCUAAUAUUGCAAGAGUUCGGCUAGUGAUAACCACCACAAACAUCAGAAAACAACCUUCACCACUUCCCAUACACAUCUUUCGUAUUCGGUGGACUGAGUCUCGUAAUGCCGCUGCUUAUAGAGUGCAUUGCGAAGCUAAUGCAACUGACGAGGUAAUUACUAUCCUUGACAGGGAAAUCGCAGACAAUAUAACAGGCAUUGAUGAAAGGUUUAUUCUUCCGCAAGGACGUCUCUCAGUACUUUGUGGAGUGGCUGCUGUAAACUCGUAUGGCUCUUCAGCUUGGACCGAUUCUCCUUUGAUCACGGUUCAGACAGCUGUACCGGAAAUUUCAGAGAGAGAAAAUAUCACUAAACCUAUAGGGAACAAUGAUCAAGUCGAUGUUGAAGAUCUCGACCUGUAUCAACUUCUCCAGCUGAUUCAUGCCUCGCAUAUUGAGGAUUUACCACCAAAGCCACUUAUGAGAGAUGUAGAAGAACGCGUCAUUAUUGGACCUGGUGGCGAG